AUGUUAGAUGAAUACUUUCAACAGGAUACUAAUGAUGCUUUUCGUCUUCUUCGUGACUGCCUUGAAAAUAUGCCGUCUUUGCACUUGGAGUCGCUUGCUUUUGCGAAGAUCCUUCUUCAUGCUUCUAAAUACCCACACCUUGCUAUCAAUGGUGUUCUUUUAGGAGAAUAUGAUCAAGGCAAAUUUAUUAUUCAAGACUGCGUUCCUCUUUUCCAUGGCUGCCUUACAUUGGCUGCAAUGCUUGAAAUUGCUCUAAGUCAAAUCGAAUGCUACUGUGAAACUAUGAAUCUAAAAGUUUGUGGUUAUUACCAAGCUAACGAACUGGCAAACUGCAAUGAUAUCAAUCAAAUCGCUACACGGAUUGGUGAUAAGAUCGCGGAGAAUACUGGUUUCGGGAAUAUAAUUAUGCUCAACAAUGAUCGGCUUACUUCGCUUUCUUCUGAGUGUUUUACCCUAUUUUGCAAGAAGGAUAAUUCUUGGCAGAAAGGACCAAAAGUUACCAUCGAAAAUUCGGCUGCGGAUCUAUUGAAGCCUGUCUUAAAUGAGGCGGGUUUGAAAAAGUUUGCUGAUUUUGACAGCCAUUUAGACGAUGUUUCCAACGACUGGCGGAAUCAAAAUCUUUUCCGUUCGCCUGAAUUGGAUAAAGUUAAAUAA